CAAAAGGCAGUUUUCAUACAAGCACUAAGCCACAGUGUAGGCAAGAAUUUGUCACACUCUAAUACUCAGGAACAUCAGAACAGACGUUUAGCAUGAUGACGAUCGUAUGGAUACUAGCAGGAUUCGGGGUCGUCGUGCUGCUAAUGAUUCUGUUCGCCCCGCACAUCAGGAAAUAUGCUGGAGGAGGAGUGUGUCUAUCCCAGGCGAGGCUGGAUGGGAAGACUGUGCUGAUCACAGGAGCAAACAGGGGUAUCGGAAAGGAAACUGCGCUGGACCUUGCUGGACGUGGUGCCCGUGUGAUCAUGGCAUGCCGUGAUGUUGAGAAGGGUGAGGAGGUGGCGGCGGAGAUCCGCACAAGGAUUGGAGGAGCUCAGGUGGAGGUGCGGGAGUUGGACCUGGCCGAUACACGCUCCAUAAGAGCCUUUGCCCAGAAGUUCCUCAGAGAGGUGAAUCAACUGCAUGUCCUAAUCAACAAUGCAGGAGUGAUGAUGUGCCCUUACAUGAAAACUGCAGAUGGUUUUGAAAUGCAGCUGGGUGUCAAUCACCUUGGUCACUUUCUGCUGACAUACCUCCUGAUUGGUCUGCUGAAGCGCAGUGCCCCGUCACGUAUCUUGGUAGUUUCCUCUUUAGCCCACAACUUUGGCUGGAUCCGCUUCCACGACCUGCACAGCCAGGGGAGCUACAAUAGUGGCCUUGCCUACUGCCAGAGCAAGCUAGCCAAUGUGCUUUUCACACGCGAACUAGCUCGCAGGCUCAGAGGUUCCAAUGUGACGGUGAAUUCGGUGCACCCAGGGUCCGUUCACACAGAUCUGCUUCGGCACUCCACCAUCAUGACUCUACUGUUCACGGCCUUUUCCUUGUUUGUGAAGACCCCUCGGGAGGGAGCACAGACCUCCAUCUACUGCUCUGUGGCUGAAGAGCUCCAGUCUAUCUCUGGGAAACAUUUCAGUGACUGUGCUCCUGCCUUCGUGGCCCCUCAGGGUCGAAGCGAAGAGACGGCACGCAAACUCUGGGACGUCAGCUGUGAACUGCUGGGCAUUGAGUGGGACUGAGACCCCAUUUGACUUGUCCUCAUAUCUCUUCUCAUCUUUCAGUUCAUCCGUUCUCGAAGUUCAUUCGAGUUGAUCACUUGCCAAUUUUUGUCCUGCUUUCAUAUGCUCUCUCGAGACCAUACACUCAGACCUCCACCACCCCUGUCCUUAAACAUAAACACAUUUAGUUUUCAUUUCAGUUUUUUCCCCCUCUUCCGAGUUCUACCAUUUGCCAGUGUUCCUUGGUCAUACUGUGGUGUGUCGCAUCAGCAACAGGGUGACCAUACUUUAUGGAGUGAACCUGUGGAGGCUAUGUGGUAACAUUACUCUUAAGAGCUUAGCCCACAGAGAACUGCAUUAUGGGUGGCAUCACUUUGUCAUUUUGAUUUUCGUUAAUGUAUGGAUUAUUAGGGUUUGGGUUUUUUUUGAGGGGUUUUCAUCUUCAACCUGUCUGUUUAAAUGCUGCUUCUUUAUCAUACCCACUACAGCAGUCCUUGUGAAGCUGCUUAAAACUCAAGUCUUUUAUACAAAUGUGAACAUGCCUUUUAUUAUCUUUACACUCAUGAUCAUGUUUGAAUAUUUCAGUAUAUAUAUUGUGAGGAAAAACACACUGGAUUUCUUAAUUUUUGAUGUUAUUUUUCUGGUUGUCUGCACAUAAGCAGAGACAUUACAAUGAUUCUUUACUACUUUAUUAGUACUGUAACCGUCACCAGAAUUACAGACCAUAAUUUGCAUAUCAAUCUGGUAACACAUUUAUCUUUAAUGAUUUCAUUAAGUUCAUUAACUGACAACAGUUGGUAAUAUUCAGUUGGAGACACCUUCCAAAAUGAUUUCAUUCGGAGAUGAGGAAUCACACAUUAAGGUAUCGUUUUGAAAUCUGAGAUGUUUUUUGUCAUGAAUUAGGUUUUAUUAUGUGUUUAGCGUGUGAGUAAUUUUUUCGAGAUAUGUGUAACUCAGGUGUGCUGGCAGUGCCACUAAAGUGCAAUACUAAUAGGACUAUCAGUCCAAGUAGUGGGAGACUGCGAGGAACAUUCAUCCACAAAUCUCUCACACACGCCUGCAUUCGCACACAUACACACACACACACACGCGCGCGCGCGCAUGCUGACUGCAUAGUGCUCUGAUUGGUAACUGCUGUUCCAGCACACUGGGGGAAAGUGGAGACUAGCUCUAUAGUUGUAAGCAAUGAUACUGAAAUAUUUAAAAAGGCCAUUUUGAUAAACAUAGUUUUAAAGAAUGCAUUGCUGUAUUACAGUUUUUUAAAAAGGAAAGUGAAGCCAUUUGAUGGUAUAAACCCUGUAACAGUCUGAUAUAUAUUAAUAUGUAUAUGCAUAUUGUAAACGGGGUUAAAGCACAAAUUUUUUUCCAAAUGUGGCAGAGGAUGUGCUUUAGAAUACAGAAAAAAAAAAUCAGUUCCCUUUAGAUGUUGUUUCCCCUUUAACUGAUUGAUCGACAUAUUGAAGGCAAACACGUGAAUAUUAAACAUUUAUAAACAUAUAACUCAUUUAGACACAAAUUAGCUUUAGUAUUCACACAGGUCAGGGAGGAGACCAUUAAACACUGAAGUAAGCUCAUCCACACAUUGUCACAUUCACAGGAGGGGGAAAAACAGUCACACGCGCACACACACACA